AAAUUACAGAUCACAACAAAACUAGCUGAACAGCGAAAGUACAUAUUUCCCAGAAUAUAUUGCAUGUGCUGGCCAAUAUCCAUGCCUUCAAUUUAAGGAGGACAUUGUGUGCCUUGCCGUGGCAGAAAUGGAUGAAAACAGCAGUAGCACCAGCAGCAUGUGUAAAAGCGUAAAGUUGGGUAAUGCAGCGGCGACAUCGGUGGCGAUAACCGAUGUGGCAUCGCAGUCGCAGAAUACUGGAGACACACCAAAUAGCAAAGGCGUCCAGUCGAAGCCGAGCACGGUAAUGUCAUCACAGGCUGCAGCGGCAUCGGCUGCGACUGCGGCUGCAUCUAAAGAGCCAGAGGAACUGCUCGGCUCUGUGACCACCCACAAUUGUCCGGGCACAAGGGCCAGCGCACGCGUUAUUCAGAAAAUGAAGCAGGACCAGACGCGUCCCAUGACGCCGCCGCCAACUGAGCACGCCCACAACAAGAAGGACGAGAAGCAAGCCCAAAAGACGCCCUCACAGCCGCGUGCUACCAACAAAACAAUAUGGACAAAUCUGGAGCGGAAUUGUUUUUUUGAUGCACUCAACGAAUUUGGAAAGGAUUUCGAGGCCGUCUCAAAUUGCAUCAAUUCCAAGUUGAAGCGCCGCAAUGCUGCCAAUGAUUACUCUUUCAAGACCAAGGAUCAAGUGCGUCAACACUAUUAUCAGACAUAUCACAAGAUCUGCAAAUAUGUUAGAUAUUCGGAUGAGCUGAAGAAGCCUGUGCAGGAGCUGUACACACUCAUAAAUUAUGGAGAGAUGCGACGCAAGCUUCAGUUUCUGACCGAAAAGCAUUUUAUGAAGCUUAAGCAGCUGGUCUACCAAGGCCAAAUAACAGUGCGUUGCAAGGGCAAGAACAUACGCAUUAAGACGCCAUCGUGCAAGGCCUUACGACGACUCAAUCAGCUCGAUGAUUCUUUGGAGGACAUACGCCUGCCUGCGAAAAUCGAAGUUCUUGUCACUCCGUAUAACAUGGAGGCCUUUGGUCGCGUGCAAACGCUGGCCCAAAAUCCACGUGGACGCGCCAUUGUGCCGCUCCACAAGAAACUUGUCACAUUCAUAAAAACUUUUCAGUACAAAUGGCGCAGCUCUGCCGCCAAAUUAUCGGAAGAAAAGCUCUUUCCCACUGCAGAUGCCGAGCCCAACAACAGCUUUCCCGAGCCUGAGCUGUGCUUUCUGCCAAAGCCAGGCGUACCCAUUCAUCGCCCACUCUUGAGCAUUACCGCCUAUCUGAGCAGUGUGAACAUUUGCCUCACAGCCUAUGAGGAGCGUUUGGGCGUUAAGGUGCGCAGUGAAACACUAACGCAGGACCGCACCAACAAUGCGGCCAACAACAAGCGUCCACGCACGGAAAGUGGCUCGGAGAAACGUUCGCCAGACACCAAAAAAUUAAAACCGCUCAGUAGCCCCGCUUUUGAGAAGUCUGUCGAGGAUAUAAGCAACCUUAAGGAGGAGCCACACAGCGAAAACGCCGACACCGCAACAGUUAUAUCUAAUAACCACAACAAUACAACCACCACCACAACAAAACUAGAAAACAGUAGCGGCGAUGAGCUCAGCGAGGAAAUUAACGAUUUUCUAAACUCCACCAUCGGCGAAUCCGCUGAUCGAUUAGCAGCCAAUGUGACAAUCUCAGCAAUGGCAGCGACAACAACCACCACCACAGCGACCGCUGCCAGUAGCACCAGUACCACCACAACUGUCGCUCAUCCACGCCAGAAGCUACCAGCCAGUGGUAAAGGGUCGAGAUCCAACAUGGCUGCACGCAACGCCCACAACAAUUUCAAGCCUCUUCUAAGCGAUGGUGUCAUCAAACGCAUACGAAAAGGCUGGACCGUGUCCAAUGCGGCGGACAUAACCAUCGGCGACUUGUACGUGGUGUUGGGCCAAGAUUCCAAGCUGGAACUCGAGUAUUACUGGGGCGAUGUGAUGACCACUACCACAACGUCGACAACUAGUGUAAGCAGCAGCAGUGGUCUGCCAUAUAAUCUUCACGACUGUGAUAGCGUGGAACGCGUUAAGGCUGUGACCACCUCAACGGUGAGCAACAAGCUGAAGCACCUCCUGCUUGUGGCCAAUCUCAGCGAGCGUGUACGCAAACGUCAGUGCAUCUGUGGGCACACUUGUGAACGAAUUGCGGCCAAAUCGAAGCGGGAGCUGGUCACCAAAGUGCUGGCCGCCAGUGGUGGGGGUGCCCACGAAGUUGGAAGCAUCGAAUCCCCAGUUUUUCGCACACCCAUGCCACCCAUGCGUCGACCUUUUGUCAGCAUCGAUCCAGUGCGACAACUGUCUUCGCUCACUCGCCAGAAAAUGUCACGCCAGGUGCUCGUGCAGCGUCGCAUCCUGCCACCCGCCUCAGACACCCAGCCCUACGACCUGCUCAAUGUGGGCAAUCUACAGAAUGGCUUCUUCGAGCCCAUCGAACAGGCCAGUGCGACCAUAACCACUAGUACCACUAGCCCCAUCUCCCUCAGCAGCAUGUCUUCCACAACUACCUCGACCAGCAGCAGCUCGACGGCUACCAGUCACGGGUGCUUGCCAAAAUCGGAGCUGGAGAAAAGCACUUAUGUCAACUCAGAAAGGAUGGAUAUGCCGCUCCUGGAUUUUUGUGUGGAAGCCACUUCGUUUCCGGAAGGCUCACAAGAUGAGACCACAACGCAUAACUUUUUCAAUGCCGGCAGCGUCAGUCCCAUGCAUUUGCUGCGCGACUCCACGUCGAACGCACGCUGGCUGGAGGAGAACAUUAACGACUUCUCGUUGACCAGUUUGUUGGGACAUCUGGAUGAGAUUGAUGCCACACGCGAUAUACUGGAUCCUUCUUCCAAUUUGUCGGUGAUUAGUGAGAGCAGCGUAGACUAUCGUCAUAAAUUCCAAGAGUUUACGGCGCUGCUGCAGAACCAGGAGAAAGAUUAGCGACGCAUCACAUCCGCUGCAUCUGCUCCCCUCCUCCGAUUUUCCCCUCAGUGUGUGCCUCAGUUUAUUUGUCUGACCAGUCGAGGAAACGGGCAACCUUUUCAAACAGCAGCCACUCGAUUUGUAUUCAUGAAUGGUUAGGGAAUGAAAAUCUCGUCAUACAUUGUCAAAGUAUUUAUAGAAAUAAUAAUGAUUUGAUUCCGCGCGUUGUUACUCAAAAUAUUUAGAAUCAAGAACGAAAGAAGAAAUUUUCUUAAUUGAUAUUACUAAACUGAAAAUGUACUCAUUUGAAUGGCCUGAAGUGCUUGCUUCUUUUUAAGUUUGAUUGCCGCUUGUGAUGUUGAAUUUUCAUUCAAUUUUUUUUUCAUACUCAUUUGUGACAUUUUUGUAUAUUUUUUUUAAUAUUAUUGUUAUUUUCUACUAUAUCAAUUUUAAUUGCGUUGAAUGUAUUAUUUGCUCAAUUCAAAACAUUGCUUAGUGCUAAGGACGCUCAUAUGCAUACACAUAAACAUAUACAUGAACUGUUUGUAUUGAUUAAGGAUCACAAAUAUAUUAUUUAUUUACGCAUUAACGAUACACGUAACUCUAAGGCGAAUUUCCUCAUGUGACAGCUAAAUUAAUCACCUGCAUCUACAAUAUGGAUCCAACCUCCAACCAUGCAUUUUUUCGCCUAAAAAAGUCCCAAACAUUUUCAUUCCAAACUGAACCAUUGGCUAAACGGUACUACAUAUAAAACUCUCGAACCAGCGUACUGGAGACCUCGAAAUCCUUUUUCCAAUACCAAUUGUUUUGGCAGCAUACCAUGUGAGUGGAUUAGUCUUAUCUGUCACAUAAGAUAACGAUCCUUAGUUGUGACUACAUUUAUAAACAUUAUUUUUUUGUCGACCAUGGUAUGGAUAAAUUCGUUCUGGUUUUAGAUUGUAAGAGUAGCUGGUAGUUGUUAGUUAUUUACAUGAAUAGUCGUAAUACAAAUAAACAACAGAAU